UUCGUGAAAAGUUUCUGUAGUUAUUUUCCCGAAAUGGCAUUUAUAAACGCGUGUCUCGCUGUCAAAGUAACUCGGACGUAAAUCGCGGCAGGUUUGUUGUUCUUAAAUCGGGGUUGCCAACUUUGGUCACCUGGCUGGAGUGAGAUUUUCAAUUCGUGAUUAGUCUGCACACACAUGUAUGUACAUGUAACAUUUUUUAGCUUGUAAAUAGCCUGUAGGGCGAGGAACCCCAACGCCUUUGAUGUAUGUAAUUUUAGGUUUAUAAUGGAUAAGUAUUCAUUUACCGUAAGAUUUCUUGAGUCCGAAAGCAUGAAUGUCACACCAGAUGCGUUGGAGUUUAGAACACUACUUAAAUGCAUCUUAACUUUAACGCAAAGUCAAUCUUAUUUAUGAUACUAGGGACAUUUUCGCGGUAGUAUUUGCAUUUUCAUGGUCCUGUAGCUGGGCGGUUCCUGCAUGUGAUGUUUUUAAUGCACAAGCGGGCAAUAAAGGACGGGAUAGUAUUUAUCGAUGGGCAUCGGGACGAGGUUUCAGACCCUUUCCGCACUCAUCCCAGCAGCCUGCGUGUACAGUAUAUUGGUGUUCAUGUACAUUGUGCUUUCGUCAUCCCAUUAAGCUGCCAGUUUUCCUACUUGCGCGUCGCGAAACGUGGGUUUCCCUGUGCCGUAACUCCGCUGUCAACUUGGCGUUUGGGUGGCUUGAUACCGGUAGUGAGCCCAGUAAAUACACAUUACCAUAUAGUUAACUAACACCUCCUCUCAGUGAAUGGUGCUGACUGAUUGGUCUACUUGUCUUUACUACAUUAGAAAUCGGUCUGAUAUUGUAUAACCCAUAACUCAAUGUCACAAAAUUCUUCUCAUUUCAGCGUCACUCCCACACACACACAGACACACAUCUGACCCUUGUACUGUGCCUUGAGUUUUCAAUCUCAGCAAAUAACAUAUUUUGUGAAACCUAUGGGUUUGCCUUGUUCUGGCAAAGCACCUUAUGCUCAUGACAACGGCUGGUGGUUUGGUUUGCCUGUCAAGUGAAUGAUUAUGUCACCAUAAUGCCAAACUCCCCGCCAGUGUUGGCCAGUGCAGACCCAACUUGUACGUGACAGCUGUAUUUGAUGUAAAGUUUAUUGAUCAAAGUAAUUAUUUUUGUAAGAGUUUUUAUGCAGAGAAUCAUUUCCAUAAUGUUCAUGUCCCACUCAUUUUGUUGUAGAAUAUUCUUCUGUAAAGUCCUUUUUUGUAAGUGAAUCUGUAGAAAUUUUUGUAUGAAAUAGUCUGUGAAAUACAGUUGUAAGCAGCCAAGUGAACCUGUGCAGUGGUGAUGCUUCCACAAAGCAUUGUAUUUGGGGAGCUGGGGUGCCUUCAGCCAACCCUUGAUGGAUAGUCUGUACUGAUUGAGCUGUCGCUGCCAUAUUGAUGACAUUUUGUUCCACCUCGUCUAAGUGCCCAGCAUCUCUUGCCCCCCUCCUUGCUUUGGGAUACUGGUAGUGACAUGUGUGAACAGUCCAGCUUCAGGAUGUGACGAUGCUGGGUGGGUGUCAUCCAGCCCCCAGCGGCUGGCCUGCAUCAGCGCUGGUAGGGAGCGGGUACUAAUUGCUAAUGCUCCCGUAGCUGAGAUCAUGCAGGAUCAGCAGCCACUUUGGAUCACAUAAAGAGUCCGAUUUUUAUGGUCGCACUGUAAAUGGAAACCGAACCGGGCUGGUAUGGUGCAAUGUGCGGUCGGGCCAGCAUGUGGAUCGUACCCGGACAACCUAGCCCAGAAGCUGCUAACGGUGGAGCAGGACGGAGCAGACGAGGCCUGGCGCCAAGAGCACACAUUCCUAUCAUCGACUGGAACCAUGGGUGAGGACGCACCGCCCAGCCUGGAGUACAUUCAGGCAAAGGACCUGUUCCCCCAGAAGGAGCUGGUGAAGGAAGAUGAAAGUCUGCAGGUGCCAUUCCCAGUUCUCCAGGGGGAAGGGGUGGAGUAUCUAGGGCGAGCCGUUGAUGCUAUCAUCGCCAUGUCCAAUUACAGACUUCAUAUCAAGUUCAAGGAUUCGAUCAUCAAUACCACGCCAGGUGUGGACGAUGAGAUUUCAGUGCCGCUGCGGCUCAUCGAGACGGCGGAGAGCAGGGACAUGUUCCAGCUGCACAUCAUCUGCAAGGACUCCAAGGUGGUCAGAUGCCAUUUCUCCACCUUCAAGCAGUGCCAGGAGUGGCUCAAGCGGCUGACUCGGGCCAUAGCCCACCCGUCCCGCCUGGAGGACUUGUUUGCCCUGGCGUACCACGCCUGGUGCCUGGGGGGAAGCGCAGACGACGAGGAGCAGCACGUGCACCUGUGCCGGCCAGGUGAUCAUGUGCGUCAGAGGAUGGAGGUGGAGGUGCUGCGGAUGGGCUACGACAUGCAGAACGCCUGGAGGGUAUCGGACAUCAACGCCAACUACAAGCUGUGCUCCAGCUACCCUCAGAAGCUCCUGGUUCCAGUGUGGAUCACGGACAAGGAGCUGGACAGCGUUGCCUCAUUCAGAUCCUGGAAGCGGAUCCCCGUCGUGGUGUACAGGCACCAGCGUAACGGGGCGGUCAUCGCACGCUGCAGCCAGCCAGAGAUCAGCUGGUGGGGCUGGCGAAACACCGAGGACGAAUACCUUGUCACCUCCAUCGCCAAGGCCUGCCACCUGAAUCCCAGCUCCCGCACAGCCGGUGGCCCCCCCAGCCGGCCCCGCACAGAGAGCGGGGACACCUGUGACAGCGACUUUGACUCAUCACUGACUGCCUGCCCUGGUCCCGAUGCCUCCACCGUGCCUCAGAAACUCCUGAUCCUGGACGCGCGGUCCUACACAGCUGCGGUGGCAAACCGGGCCAAGGGCGGGGGCUGUGAGUGUGAAGAGUAUUACCCCAACUGUGAGGUGAUGUUCAUGGGUAUGGCCAACAUCCACUCCAUCCGGAACAGCUUCCAGUCCCUGCGGGCUGUCUGUACCCAGAUCCCUGACCCGGGCAACUGGCUGUCUGCAUUGGAGAGCACCCGCUGGCUGCAGCACCUGUCCGUCAUGCUGAAGGCGGCCACUCUGGUGUGCUCUGCAGUUGAGAGGGAGGGUCGUCCCGUUCUGGUGCAUUGUUCUGACGGCUGGGACCGCACCCCUCAGAUAGUGGCCCUGGCCAAGGUCCUGCUGGACCCCUACUACAGAACCCUAGAGGGCUUCCAGGUACUGGUGGAGACCGAGUGGCUCGACUUUGGCCACAAGUUCGGCGAUCGCUGCGGCCACCAUGAGAACGCAGACGACGCCAGUGAGCAGUGCCCCGUCUUCCUGCAGUGGCUGGACUGCGUGCACCAGCUCCUCAAGCAGUUCCCCUGCCUCUUCGAGUUCAACGAGGCCUUCCUGGUGAAGCUGGUGCAGCACACAUACUCCUGCCUCUACGGCACCUUCCUGUGUAACAACGGGCGGGAGAGGGAGCUCCGGAACAUCUCCAACCGCACCUGCUCCGUGUGGUCGCUGCUGCGCUCCGGCAACAAGAACUUCCAGAACUUCCUUUAUAUCCCCAGCCACGACACGGUGCUUCAGCCGGUGUGCCACACCCGGGCCCUACAGUUGUGGACAGCUGUGUACCUACCCACCACUUCCCCCUGCACUGCAGCUGAGGACUCCAUGGAGCUCUACCUGUCCCCAUCUGCCCAGGGGGAGGAGUUCACCUCCCGCUCGCUCGAUAGGCUUCCCAAGACGCGCUCCAUGGACAACCUGGUGUCUGCCUGUGAGAAUGGCGUGGCCUUGACACGCACCUCCAGCGACCCCAACCUCAAUAAGCAUUGUCCGGACACCCGGCCAGCCCUCGAGCCCAAGUCUGCUUUGGGGGUCAGUGUGGCUCACAGCCCCAAUAGCUCAGACGAACACACCAGAGACUCGGAGGAGGCCGAGGAGGAGGCCAAAGAGGAGCCUGGGCUGGGACCUGGCUCACAUGCCCCUCCCACACUACCAGAGUCAUCAGGUCUGACCAAGAACUGCAACACUGUUGAGGAAGCCUGUCUGACCACGCAGCCUUUGCCCACAUUGCACUGCAGUGCCACGCAGGAUGAGACUCUGUGCACCACGCAGCCCCUGCCAGCACCCCACCAGGCUGUGCCCUUGGAGGAGAGCUCCGUCUCCCCAGCGAUACCCUGGGGGACCCAAGCCAAAUCGCGGACUCAUGACUGCAUGCUCUCCCCCAGUGCCCGCAGUGGCCGGCUGCAGCACAGCGGCCCCGGGUUGGAGAAGCCCCUGGUCGUGUCGCCUGAGCCCACCAAGGGACUCCCGGAAGAGGGCGAAGCGCGGACAGGCACCCCCCGCGAGGAGCGCGAUGAUGCGGAGAGCAAUGGCAAGACGGCGUCCCUGGGCCGAGGCCAGCCCGAGUGCAGCCGCCUUGCCCGGCGGCCAGUCGCCCAGAGCCAGCUGAGCGACUUCACGUUGCUGGGUUCACACUGGGAGAGCGUACAGGGCCUGGUCAAGUCAGCCUGCGGCACUGAGGCGGGCCUCUGCCGGGCCCUGCAGCCCGGCCUCCAGGGCCGACGGCUGGCAGGGAGGCUGCUGCGUGCCCAGGGUGUGACCCCCGGCAGUGGGGCCUGCUGCCGGCGGGAGGGUAUCCGCUCCAGCGGCAGCCCCGUGCAUUCUGGCUGGCUGUCAGCCAUCAAGAGCUCAGGCUAUGCCACCUUGUGUUCGUCACUUCGCCAGCCGCUGCCUGCCGCCGCCUCGCCACCCCCACUGCCUGGCCCCACCUACCUUGACGAUGACGGACUCCCGGUGCCCCUGGAUGCCGUGCAGCAGCGGCUCCGGCAGAUCGAGGCUGGUUACAAGCAGGAGGUGGAGGUUCUGCGCUGGCAGGUCCAGCAACUGCAGAUGAGGCUGGAGAGCAAGCAGUUCUGCAGGCCGCCGUCAGAGCCUGACGUCGACUACGAAGACGACGACAUUACGUGUGUGCGGGAGUCUGACAGCAGUGAUCAGGAGGGCUCCUUGUCUGACCACAGCGAGGACCGCUUCUCUGAGGGCAGCUGGGACCGUGUCGAGCCAAAGGACACUGAGGUCAGCGUCCCUGCUUGCCUCUUCCAGGUCACUCGCUGGGUCCCCGAUCACAUGGCCUCUCACUGUUUUAACUGCGACUGUGAGUUCUGGAUAGCCAAGCGACGCCAUCACUGCAGGAACUGCGGCAAUGUCUUCUGCAAGGACUGCUGCCACCUGAAGCUGCCCAUCCCAGACCAGCAGCUCUACGACCCCGUGCUGGUGUGUAACUCCUGCUACGACCUGCUGCAGGAGUCUCGCACGCGCGAGAUCCGCAUCCAGCAGUUGAAGAAGCCCAUCGCCACGGCGUCCAGCUGAGAUCCCAGCCCGACUCGGCCGGUCACUGCCGCAUCCUCGUACGCCACUUUAAGCAGGCAGGCCGGGAUUCGCCCCACCAGCUGCGGCCAAGGGAGGUGACCCCGGUGUCCUUGGAGCUGAGGCUUGUGGACAGCACCGCAGACUGCGUGCUGAG